UUCGUUAGCUCGCUGCUCAUCUCCCAUAUCCUCGUUUUUUCCGCUGCAGAGCGAUUUGCGAUGCAACCAAAUUUUUGUCGCUUUUCUUUUAGGAGCCAGCACAUAUCCACAGCGAAGCGCAACGAUAAGAAAGCAGAAGUUGACCGGCGAAGCGUGAACGACGACUUCUUCAACUGCUUCCUUUCUCCAGUACAGUGCAUGCUGCCUCGAAUGAAGAGAUGA